AUGAAGAGCGUAACGUCGAGUGUCUCCAGCUCGAUUACGGGCUCUGUUCAAGGCGAGGCGACUUCAGCGCAGCCUCAAAUCAGCAGCGGAUUGGUCGAGAAAGAGCUAUUGGAACGGGUUUUAUUACGAUUGGCCAAUUGUAAGAUGCGAAGAGAUCAUCGUGGAGAGCCGACGGCUGAGAUGGACGUUCAUGUGACCCCUGAAGAGAUCUACAAGCUCUGCCAAUUGGCGGUGGAAUCCUUUAUCAAGCAACCAGCCUUACUGCAGAUUGGAAGGUUAAAUUUUAUUGUAUUUUUGUUGAAAAUAGUGUUUGAUGAUGACUUUUCCUACAUUUCUUAUGAUUUUAAAUAAUUUUCAAGCCAUUUUUAUUCCUAUUACAACACAAAUUCACUUUAAAAUAUCAAAAAGAUCAGAAAAUCAGAUAUUUUUUCAAAAAAUCCAUCUUUUUAAGUCUAGUACUAUAUAAACUCGAAGCUACAUCUAAAAAUAGUCUUGUUUUUCCUCAUGAUUCAUUUUAUGACAACUGUAUUACUCACUUUUGUCCCAUUUACCCCAAAAAACAUUAAAAAACGAUCUUUCUGAUGGACCAUGUAAAAAAAAGGAGUGUGCAUUCUCUUUACGAGAGAAACUAAAGAAACGCGUACCAAACCGAAGCAAAAGGGGAACCCAAUUCAAAAGCGAUGGACGUUUAUUUGAACAGUUUUAGGCUGCGCUGAAUUUUCGGACUAUUUGUUCCAAAAAAAGGUUAGCGGAACAUCCAGCUCAAUAAGUUGUGGCUGGAAAGCAAAAUUUUGGAAUGUCUGAUCUUGGGGUUGGACGAAUAUCGUUGGAGUUCUCUCAUCAUUGACCGCAUGUCUAUUCCGUUAUUUACAGUCUGUUUUUCAGCUCUUCCUUGCCUUUGACCAUCUGUGCCGACAUCCAUGGGCAAUUCCGAGAUGUCCGAAUGUUGGUGGACAGACAUGGAUUCGUUGACAAGCAUUCUUAUCUCUUCCUGGGUAAGUCCUCCAUCCAACAACUUUGCUAUUUUAGGGGACUACGCUGACCGUGGAACCCAAGGAGUGGAGACAAUUAGUUUUCUUUUCGCUGCCAAGGUUCUCCAUCCGGAGCGUGUCUUUUUGCUUCGGGGAAAUCAUGAAGACUACAAUACUUCAAUGGUUUAUGGCCUAUUGGACGAGUGUCUGGAGAAGUUUGGGAAUUAUUGUGGGCAAAGAUUGUGGCUGUGCUUUGUGAAUGCCUUCAAUCACAUGCCCUUUGCCGCGCUGGUGGAUAAGAAGAUAUUGUGCAUGCAUGGAGGGUUGAGUCCGGAGAUUCACAAUGUGGAAGAUAUCAAUAAGGUAAGAAUAACUGAUUUUGGCUCCAUUGGCAGAUUCGUCGACCCUCAAUGAUCCCUCUCUAUGGAAUGGCCUGUGAUAUUGUCUGGUCGGACCCACUAAAUCAACACGAUGGAUGGUCUCUAAGCCCUCGAGGGAUCUCUUUUACUUUUGACGAUUCUGUUGUAGAGAAGUUCUGUGAGGCGAAUGGAAUUGAUUUAAUCGUCAGAGGCCAUCAAAUUACUAACGAGGCAAGUUUUUUUGAGGUGUAAGAUUUAUAUUUUAUGGCGCUUUAGAUGCAUCGAAAUGGAUAUCAGUUCAGUCCGGGUGGCCGCGUUCUGACUUUGUUCACAGCCAGCGAUUAUCUGAGAACCUCAAAUACCGGCGCUACUUUGACUGUCACCCCAAAUGUAAUUUUUUUGCUGAGCUCCUGAAGACUGUUUGGAUUAUAUUAUAACCACAAUUUUAAUAUUAUUUUAGUUGGAGGCUCACUUUACUCUGUUCCGUCCAGUUGAUCGUAAACGUUUGAAGCGAAUGAACCGUCAUAAGGCCGACAGCAGCCAUUCCUCAACUUCCAAGAGCCUUCCUUCCGAAAGCAUGUAA